ACCAUAUUUUACCCAACCUUGGUUUCACCGCAAACGAAAUUUCGUUAAAUUGUUAGUUGUUUAGUUUCAAUCAGGAUUAUCGCGGUUGAUUAGAGAAAUGAGUACCUUAGAAAAGAAAUACGAAUACGUGAUACAGGCCAUAGAGCACUUAAAGCACAGAAAAGCGAGACCGGAUCUCGAGGGAAUCAAGAAUUAUGCUUUCCGACGCCACGGCAUUGAUCCUGUAACAUGUUGCGCGGACGUCGAUGAGCUCAUCGAAAACGAACAAAUCAUCAAAGUGGAAUUCAAGGGUCGCACCAGUUACCGCAAUGCAGCCAAGUAUUUUGGACCGGAUGCAGCAAAUACAUCUUCUACAGUGGAAAGCUCUCCACAACAACAGCCCAGAGAUGCUAGUCCUGAACCAGUUUCCUACAGCUCUGCUGUCACAGCAGCUAUAGCAGCUAUUCUUUGCGACCAACCAACUCCGCCAAGCCAAACAGGAGCAGUCAGCAUCAGGAGCAUUGCAAGUUAUCUUCAAUCAAGAGAUCAUGGAAGAUAUUCAAGAAAGUACAUUGAUAAUCUCAUUGACCGGGAGGUUACAGCUUGCAACAUAGCUUCCAUCAGCAAAGAAACUUUCACCUUACCACCCAGUGUCUUGAAGAGUCUUGAUCGAAGGUGGAAGCAUGAACACAUGAAAAGUAAAAGGAAAGCUAGUGGAGGAGCAGAAGACUUGAACAAAUCCAAGAAUCAAGUCAAUAAAAACAAGAGUGUUCCAAGCAAAGUGGAAAAGUCUCCGCCACCAACUCCGCCUCGUCCAGAGCGAGUCGGUCAACGCAUGAAAAGAGCCAAGAAAGUGUUUGACCCAUCGGACGUGGAGGUUGUCCCCAGGAAACGCGGCCGUCCUGUUGGAACUGGCAAAAAGAACCGAGAAUUGCGCAAUAGCUUCGCCACGACACCGGAGCGAUCGAAAAGUCCGUUUCUCCUAACUGGAUCCUCGCCUCCCAAUAGCUAUUCGCAUUCCGAGUUCAAAGCAUGCCUCCUCUGCAAGUAUUAUACGGUCAUUUUGCGAGGCGUCACUUCGAAAAUGCUCGUCUGCUGCGAGUGCAACCGAAACGUUCACGCCAAAUGCUUGGGAUUCGAUCAGGACGUUUUGCCUCGCGUUCCCGAAUCGGAAUGGAAGUGCCCCGAUUGCCGCCCUUGUAGCGUUUGUAAACUGGUCCAAGAACAGGACACGGUUCUGCUCUGUUGCGAAUGCGACACGACGUUCCAUCGCUCUUGUCUGACUUCGCCGCCAGCCAGCAUGCCCGAAGGCUGUUACUGGGCUUGCGACGAAUGCCGAGCCAACGAGUCGGCGGAGAAGACGCCGGUCAAGGAUAGCUCAUCGGAAGAGGGCAAAGUUGAAAACAAGAUCUCGCAGUCACCGUUUCAGCCCUCGGCGCCAAUUAGUCUCGGUCCUUGGGUGUUUGGCACACGGCAACUGGAACUGAAGGGUCCUCCGUUCGAGUGGGAUGGCGUUCCCAACCCUGACCCGACUAUUCCAGACGCUUCUCUGUGGACAUCCGAGGACGUCCAGGGUUACUUUAGCCGACUGGGAUUCGAAGAACAGGCCACCUUGUUGCGCCAUAACGAGAUUGACGGACCGUCCCUUUUGCUGAUGAAAAGAAACGACGUCGUGGUCAAUAUGGGACUGAAACUAGGCCCGGCAGUCAAGAUCUACAACCACAUUCGUCGUCUGCAAACGCGCCGUGAUGAUCUAAUCUACGCGUAAAAUAUGGCCGCAGGCUAUUAUUAGACUCGUGUCGUGAAACCAAUAAAAACAAUAGAAACAUUUCGUUUUAGAAGGCGUUGUGGAAAACUUGAAAAAUUCAGACGAGGAAGCGCGUAUCAUCUUUUCGUCCCUUUCUUGUUGUAAUAAUCGUCACACUUUUACAAUAAAAGGAACACGAAAGCUG